AGAAUUUUCCUUUUGCAGGGGUAAUGAAGGAGGAAAGGAGGUGUCGCCCCCACCAUGGCCAGCAGAGCGGAGAAGAAGCAGAGAUUGAGUGCCCAGGGGACCGCUGGCCGCGGUGCCCGCCGGAGAGCUGCCCAGGCUGCCAAUGCCUCGAGGCCUGCAAAGGUCCCCCUGCCUCCUGAGCCAGAGCUGGAGCCGGAGCCGGAGCCUGAGCCUGACCCUGACCUUGAGGAACCCGAAGCCGAGAAAGAAGAGUUCCCGGAGCCUGAGGCAGACGUGAAGCCCCUGUUCCUGUCCCGAGCCGCGCUGACGGGGCUGGCGGACGCGGAGUGGACGGCGGAGCACGACGCCAUCCUGGAACACUUCGCCCAGGACCCUUCGGAGCCCGUCCUCACCAUCUUCGUGGACGCCUGUGCGGGGCUGCGGCUGGACCUGGGCAUGCCCGUACAGACGCAGAACCAGAUCGUCUACUUCAUUCGCCAGGCGCCGGUUGCCAUCACUCCAGAGAACUUUGAGGCCACCGUGCAGUUUGGGACGGUGCGUGGCUCCUACAUCCCGGCCCUGCUUCGGCUGCUCAGUGGCGUCUUUGCUCCUCUGAUCUUUGCAAACACGACGUGGCCUGAAAGCAUUCGCAGUCAUUUUGCUUCUCAUCUGCACAGGUUCUUGGCCUGCCUGACAGAUACUCGGUACAAACUGGAGGGGCACACCGUUCUCUACAUUCCCGCAGAGGCCGCGAACAUGGUGCCCGAGGUGGUGGUGAAGGACAAAGAGCUGGUGCAGCGGCUGGAGACCUCCAUGAUCCACUGGACCCGGCAGAUAAAGGAGGUGCUCAGUGCCCAGGAGUCUGUGGAGAUAGGAGAAAAUUUAGGUCCCUUGGAGGAGAUUGAGUUCUGGCGCAAUCGGUGCAUGGACCUGUCCGGCAUUAGUAAACAGCUGGUGAAGCAGGGGGUGAGGCACACUGAGGCCACCCUGCGCCUGGCCAAGUCGUCCUACGUGGCCCCCUUCGUGAAACUGGCCCAGCAGAUCCAGGAUGGCUUCCAUCAAGCACAGUCCAACCUGACGUUCCUGUCGAUCCUGAAGGAGCCCUACCAGGAGCUGGCCUCCGUGCGCCCGAAGGAUGUGGCCAGUAAGCUCCCCAAGCUCAUCAGUCUCAUCCGCGUCAUCUGGGUCAACUCCCCCCACUACAACACCCGGGAGAGACUGACCUCCCUCUUCCGGAAGAUGAGCAACGAGAUCAUCCGCCUGUGCUGCCGCGCCGUCUCCCUGGACCGGAUCUUCGAGGGCUACGUCGCUUCGAGCAAGGAGGAGCUCCAGGGCUGCAUCUCGUGCUGCCAGGCCUGGAAGGACCACUACCUGCAGGCGGUGCACAUGCACACCCAGUUCUCCAGCCGGAGCUGGGUCCUGGACCAGACCAGCAUAUUUGCUCAGGUGGAUGCCUUCGUGCAGCGCUGCAAGGACCUCAUUGAGGUCUGUGACUGCCAGCAUCAUUUUGCCCGCUGGGAAGACGGCAAGCAGGGUCCCUUUCCCUGCUUCUUCGGGGCGCAGGGGCCCCAUAUCACACGGAACUUGCUGGAGAUCGAGGACAUCUUUCAUAAAAACCUCCAUACGCUGCGGGCUGUCCGCGGGGGCAUCCUCGACGUCAAGAACACAUCCUGGCACGAAGACUACAGCAGGUUUCGUUCUGCAGUCAAGGACCUGGAGGUGAUGACACAGAACCUGAUCACCUCCGCCUUCGAGUUAGUCCGAGAUGUGGAGCAAGGAGUGUUACUGCUGGACACCUUCCACCGCCUCUCCUCGCGGGAGGCCAUCAAGCGCACCUAUGACAAGAAGGUGGUGGACCUGUACAUGCUGUUCAACAGCGAGCUGGCGCUGGUGAACCGGGAGCUGAACAAGAAGUGGCUGUUCCUGGAGCCCUACAUGGCCGAGUACUCUGGGCAUGCGCACUGGAUGCGGCUCCUGCGGCGGCGCAUUGACCGAGUCAUGAACUGUCUCUCUAGUGCCCACUUCCUGCCCCACAUUGGCACCGGAGAGGAGAGUGCGCACACCUACCAGCAGAUGGUGCAGGCCAUCGACGAGCUAGUUCGAAAGACCUUCCAAGACUGGACGUGCACGCUGGACAAGGACUGUGUGCGGCGGCUGGACACGCCGCUGCUGCGCACCAGCCAGGAGAAGGCGGGCAUGCUGGAGGUCAACUUUGACAAGUCCCUGCUGAUUCUCUUUGUGGAGAUCGACUACUGGGAGCGGCUGCUGUUCGAGACGCCCCACUACGUGGCGCACGUCGCUGAGCGGGCAGAGGACCUGCGCAUCCUUCGGGAGAACCUGCUCCUGGUGGCUCGCGACUACAACCGGAUCAUUGCCAUGCUGUCCCCGGAGGAGCAGGCCCUCUUCAAAGAACGCAUCCGAUUCCUGGAUAAGAAGAUCCACCCUGGACUCAAGAACCUGCACUGGGCCUUGAAGGGGGCCAGCGCCUUCUUCAUCACGGAGUGCCGCAUCCAUGCCAGCAAGGUGCAGGCCAUCGUGAACGAGUUCAAGGCCUCCACUCUGACCAUCGGCUGGCGAGCCCAAGAAAUAUCCGAGACGCUGCUGGUGCGCAUCACCGGCAAGCGGGUGUACAGGGACCUGGAGUUUGAGGAGGACCAGAGGGAGCACCGGGCGGCCACGCAGCGGAAACUGCUGAGCCUGCACCAGGACGUGGUGGCCAUCCUGACCGACUCCUAUGAAGUCUUCAAGAACGACGGCCCUGAGGUCCAGCAGCAGUGGGUACUGUACAUGAUCCGCCUGGACCGCAUGAUGGAGGACGCCCUGCGCCUCAACGUGAAGUGCUCGCUGCUGGAGCUGUCCAGGGCCAUCAACGGGGACGGAAAGACCAUGCCAAACCCGCUCUUCCGAGUCCUGGUCACCCUGCAGAGCGAGGCGCAGGGGGGUGUGGCGCAGGUGGAGUUCUCCCCCACUCUGCAGACCCUGGCGAGCGUGGUCAAUGACAUCGGCAGCCACCUCUUCUCCACCAUCUCUGUCUUCCGCCACCUCCCUGAAAUUCUCCUCAAGCACAAGUUUCAUCGUGACCCCAUCCAUGUCCUCAUGGAGCGAGACGAGGACGUCAGGAAGAUCCAGGCGCAGAUCAGCAGCGGCGUGGCCAACAACGCCGGCCUGCUGCAGAGCUACCUCAAGACCUGGGACCUGUACCGGGAGAUCUGGGAGAUCAGCAAGGACUCCUUCAUCCGCCGCUACCAGCGGCUCAACCCCCCCGUGUCUUCUUUUGAUGCCGACAUCGCCCGCUACACUGAGGUCGCUAACAACGUGCAGAAGGAGGAGACGGUCCUCAACAUCCAGUUCGUGCUGCUGGACUGCUCCCACCUCAAGCUCUCACUGGUGCAGCACUGCAACGAGUGGCAGAACAAGUUCACGGCCCUGCUCAAGGAGAUGGCGGCCCGGAGCCUCCUGGAGCUCCACACCUACCUGAGGGAGAACGGCGACAAAAUCAGCCGCCCGCCCCAGACGCUGGAGGAGCUGGGGGUCAGCCUGCAGCUCAUGGAGACCCUGCAGCAUGACCUGCUCGGCCUGGAGGCCCAGAUCCCCCCCAUCCACGAGCAGUUCACCAUUCUCGAGAAGUACGAGGUGUCCGUCGAGGACAGCGUCCUGGAGAUGCUGAACAGUCUCAAUGGGGAGUGGGCCACCUUCCAACAAACGCUGCUGGACAGCGAGCAGAUGCUCAGGAAACACAAGGAGAAAUUCAAGACAAGCCUCAUCCACUCGGCUGAUGAUUUCAAGAAGAAAGCCCACAGUCUUCUGGAAGACUUUGAAUUCAGAGGCCCCUUCACCAGUAAUGUGGGACAUCAGUCCGCCCUAGAGCAGAUUGCCCAGGUGCGAGCCAUGCUGACCGCCAUGCGGGAGGAGGAAAACAGUCUCCGCUCCAACCUGGGCAUCUUCAAGAUCGAGCAGCCCAUCUCCAAGGACCUGCAGCACCUGGAGAAGGUGGAGCGGGGCCGGGCCCUGCACUGGGAUCAGGUCCGGGAGGAGAUCCAGCGGGACUUCGACCAGGAGUCUGAGAGCUUCACCCUGGAGCAGAUUGUGGAGCUCGGGAUGGACCAGCACGUGGAGAGAAUCGGGGAGAUCUCUGCCUCAGCGACCAGGGAGCUGGCUAUAGAGUUGGCUUUACAGAACAUCACCAAGACCUGGGAAGUAAUUCAGCUAGACAUAGUGCCCUACAGGGACAAGGGCCAUCACCGGCUCAGAGGCACAGAGGAGGUGUUCCAGGCGCUGGAGGACAACCAGGUGGCCCUGUCCACCAUGAAGGCUUCCCGUUUUGUCAAGGCCUUUGAGAAGGAAGUGGACCAGUGGGAGCGCUGCCUGUCCCUCGUCCUGGAGGUCGUCGAGAUGGUGCUCACCGUGCAGCGGCAGUGGAUGUACCUGGAGAACAUCUUCCUGGGAGAGGACAUCCGCAAGCAGCUGCCCAGCGAGUCGGCGAUGUUUGACCAGAUUAACAGCACCUGGAAGCGCAUCAUGGACCGGAUCAGCAAGGACAGCAAUGCCCUCCGGAGCACCCACCACCCAGGCCUCCUGGACACACUGAUCGAAAUGAACACGGUUCUGGAAGAUAUUCAGAAGUCUCUGGAUAUGUAUUUGGAGACCAAGCGCCACACUUUCCCCCGCUUCUACUUCCUGUCCAACGAUGACCUCCUGGAGAUUCUGGGCCAGUCCCGCAACCCGGAGGCCGUGCAGCCGCACCUCAAGAAAUGCUUUGACAACAUUAAAUUGCUGAAAAUGCAGAAGGUUGGGGGCCCCAGCAGCAAAUGGGAAGCGGUGGGAAUGUUCUCAGCCGAUGGCGAGUACGUGGACUUCCUCCACGCAGUACUCCUAGAAGGGCCCGUGGAGUCCUGGCUUGGUGAUGUGGAGCGGGCCAUGAGGGCGACCCUGAGGGACCUCCUCCGCAACUGCCGUGUGGCCCUCAAGAAGUUUCUCAACAAGAGGGACAAGUGGGUGAAGGAGUGGCCUGGCCAGGUGGUGAUCACUGCCAGUCAGAUCCAGUGGACGGCCGAUGUCACCAAGUGCCUGAUGACGGCCAAGGAGCGGGGGGACAAGAAGAUCCUCAAGGUCAUGAAGAAGAAGCAGGUGUCCAUGCUGAGUAGGUAUUCGGAGGCCAUCCGGGGGAACUUGACCAAAAUCAUGCGGCUGAAGGUCGUGGCCCUGGUGACGAUAGAAAUCCACGCCCGGGACGUGCUGGAGAAGAUCUACAAGAGCGGCCUCAUGGACACCAGCUCCUUCGACUGGCUCAGCCAGCUCCGGGUCUACUGGGAGAAGGAUCUCGACGACUGUGUGAUCCGCCAGACCAACACGCAAUUCCAGUACGGCUACGAGUACUUGGGGAACUCCGGCCGGCUCGUCAUCACCCCCCUGACAGACAGGUGUUACAUGACCCUGACCACGGCCCUGCACCUGCAUCGGGGGGGCUCCCCCAAAGGCCCGGCGGGCACGGGGAAAACCGAGACGGUCAAGGAUCUGGGCAAGGCCCUCGGCACCUACGUCAUUGUGGUCAACUGCUCCGAGGGCCUGGACUACAAGUCCAUGGGCAAGAUGUACUCAGGCCUGGCCCAGACCGGUGCCUGGGGUUGCUUUGACGAGUUUAACCGAAUCAACGUGGAGGUGCUGUCGGUGGUGGCCCAGCAGAUCCUGUCCAUCCUGUCGGCCCUGGCCGCCAACCUCACCCGCUUCCACUUCGAAGGCUUUGAAAUAAACCUGGUGUGGUCCUGUGGGAUCUUCAUCACCAUGAAUCCCGGCUACGCCGGUCGCACAGAGCUGCCCGAUAACCUCAAGUCCAUGUUCCGCCCGAUUGCCAUGGUGGUGCCGGACUCCACCCUCAUCGCAGAGAUCCUUCUCUUCGGGGAGGGCUUUGGCAACUGCAAGGAGUUUCCCCUGAACCCUAAGGCCUUGUCCCUGGGGGAGCUGUAUGGGGAGUAUGACCUCAGCACUAACGAGUGGACGGACGGCGUCCUGUCCAGCGUCAUGCGGGCAGCGUGCGCAGACGAGAAGCCCGACGAGAAGUGGAUCGUUUUCGACGGCCCGGUGGACACGCUGUGGAUCGAGAGCAUGAACUCUGUCAUGGACGAUAACAAAGUCCUGACCCUCAUCAACGGGGAGCGCAUCGCCCUGCCUGAGCAGGUGUCACUGCUGUUCGAGGUGGAGAACCUGGCCGUGGCCUCUCCCGCCACCGUGUCGCGCUGCGGGAUGGUGUACAUGGACUACGCGGACCUGGGCUGGAAGCCAUACGUUCAGUCCUGGCUGGAGAAGAGGCCAAAGGCCGAGGCCGAGCCCCUGCAGCGCAUGUUUGAGAAGUUCAUCAACAAGAUGCUGACCUUCAAGAAGGAUUAUUGCAACGAGCUGGUGCCCCUCCCGGAAUACAGUGGGAUCAUCUCCCUGUGCAAGCUGUACUCGGCUCUGGCCACGCCGGAGAACGGGGUGAACCCGGCCGACGGCGACAACUACGUGACCAUGGUGGAGCUGACCUUCGUGUUCAGCAUGAUCUGGUCCGUGUGCGCCUCCGUGGACGAGGAGGGACGCAAGAAGAUCGACAGCUACCUCCGGGAGAUUGAGGGCUCCUUUCCCAACAAGGACACAGUGUAUGAGUACUUUGUGGACCCCAAGAUGCGAAACUGGAUGUCAUUUGAGGAGAUGCUUCCCAAGAGCUGGCGUUACCCCCCGAACUCCCCCUUCUACAAGAUCAUGGUGCCCACGGUCGACACCGUUCGCUACAACUACCUGGUGAGCGCCUUGGUGGCCAGCCAGACUCCCGUCCUGCUGGUGGGGCCCGUGGGGACCGGCAAGACAUCCAUCGCCCAGAGCGUCCUGCAGUCCUUGCCCUCCAGCCAGUGGUCCGUGCUCACUGUCAACAUGUCUGCGCAGACCACAUCCAAUAACGUGCAGAGCAUCAUCGAGAGCAGGGUGGAGAAGCGAACCAAGGGGGUCUAUGUGCCUUUUGGGGGCAAAAGCAUGAUCACCUUCAUGGAUGACCUAAACAUGCCGGCCAAGGACAUGUUUGGGUCCCAGCCGCCCCUGGAGCUGCUCCGCCUCUGGAUCGACUAUGGCUUCUGGUACGAUCGCAUGAAGCAGACCGUCAAGUACAUUCGAGACAUGUUCCUGAUGGCCGCCAUGGGCCCUCCCGGGGGGGGACGAACCAUCAUCUCCCCCAGACUACAGAGCCGGUUCAACAUCAUCAACAUGACCUUCCCCACAGAGUCCCAGAUCAUCCGGAUAUUUGGCACCAUGGUCAACCAGAAGCUUCAGGACUUUGAGGAAGAGGUGAAGCCCAUCGGGAACGUGGUGACAGAGGCCACCCUGGACGUGUACAACACGGUGGUGCAGCGCUUCCUGCCCACGCCCGCCAAGAUCCACUACCUCUUCAACCUGCGGGACAUCUCCAAGGUGUUCCAGGGCAUGCUUAGAGCCAACAAGGACUUUCAUGACACCAAGGCCAGCAUCACCCGACUCUGGAUCCAUGAGUGUUUCAGAGUCUUCUCGGACCGUCUGGUGGAUGCCACAGACAUGGAGGCCUUCGUGGGCAUCAUCAGCGACAAACUUGGCUCUUUCUUUGAUCUCACGUUUCAUAAUCUUUGUCCCAACAAACGUUCUCCUAUCUUCGGGGACUUCAUGCGGGAGCCCAAGGUCUACGAGGACCUGACGGACCUGGCGGCACUGAAGGCGGCCAUGGAGAUGGCCCUCCGCGAGUACAAUCUGUCCCCCACCGUGGUCCCCAUGCAGCUGGUGCUCUUCCGUGAGGCGAUUGAGCACAUCACAAGGAUCGUGCGGGUCAUUGGACAGCCUCGGGGCAACAUGCUCCUCGUGGGCAUCGGGGGCAGCGGGCGCCAGAGUCUGGCCCGCCUGGCCUCCUCCAUCUGCGAGUACACCACCUUCCAGAUCGAGGUCACCAAACAUUACCGGAAGCAGGAGUUCCGAGAAGAUAUCAAGCGCCUAUACCGCCAGACGGGGGUGGAGCUCAAGGCCACGGCCUUCCUGUUCGUGGACACCCAGAUUGCGGAGGAGUCGUUCCUGGAGGACAUCAACAACAUCCUGAGCUCGGGCGAGGUCCCCAAUCUCUACAAGACCGAUGAGUUUGAAGAGAUCCAGACGCUCAUCUCGGAGCAGGCCAAGGCCGAGCAGCUGCCCCUGUCCUCUGACAGCCUCUUCGCCUACCUCAUCGAGCGCGUGCGCAACAACCUGCACAUCAUUCUCUGCCUCAGCCCCGUGGGCGACCCCUUCAGGAACUGGGUCCGCCAGUACCCGGCCUUGGUGAACUGCACAACCAUCAACUGGUUCUCAGAGUGGCCCCACGACGCCCUGCUGGAGGUGGCCGAGAAGUACCUCUUGGGCGUGGACCUGGGCACGCAGGAGAAUAUCCACAGGAAGGUGGCCAAGAUCUUCGUCACCAUGCACUGGUCCGUGGCACAGUACUCCCAGAGGAUGCUGCUGGAGCUGCGGAGACACAACUAUGUCACGCCCACCAACUAUCUGGAGCUUGUGUCUGGAUUUAAGAAGUUGCUGGCGGAGAAGCGGCAGGAGCUGCUGGACCAGGCCAACAAACUGCGGACGGGGCUGUUUAAGAUCGACGAGACCAGGCAGAAGGUGGAGGUGAUGUCCUUGGAGCUGGAGGAGGCCAAGAAGAAGGUGGCGGAGUUCCAGAAGCAGUGCGAGGAGUACCUGGUCAUCAUCGUGCAGCAGAAGCGGGAAGCGGACGAGCAGCAGAAGGCCGUCACAGCCAACAGUGAGAAGAUCGCCAUUGAGGAAGUCAAGUGCCAGGCACUGGCUGACAAUGCCCAGAAGGACCUGGAAGAGGCUUUGCCAGCCCUGGAGGAAGCCAUGCGGGCUCUGGAGUCUCUGAACAAGAAAGACAUAGGCGAGAUCAAGUCCUACGGACGGCCCCCUGCUCAGGUGGAGAUGGUGAUGCAGGCAGUCAUGAUCCUUCUAGGCAAUGAGCCCACCUGGGCGGAGGCCAAGAGGCAGCUCGGGGAGCAGAACUUCAUCAAGUCGCUGAUCCACUUUGACAAGGACAAUAUCUCAGACAAGGUUCUGAAGAAGAUCGGGGCCUACUGUGCGCAGCCCGACUUCCAGCCUGACAUCAUCGGCCGGGUGUCACUUGCGGCCAAGUCCCUGUGCAUGUGGGUGCGGGCCAUGGAGCUGUACGGGCGGCUGUACCGCGUGGUGGAGCCCAAGCGGAUCAGGAUGAACGUGGCCUUGGCCCAGCUUCAGGAGAAGCAAGCGGCGCUGGCGGAGGCCCAGGAGAAGCUGCGGGAGCUUCCCUACCUGUUGCCACGGGUGACAAUGAUGCCAUUCUCCGUGGAAAAGGCAUCCGAGGGCAACCCUUGGAUGUUCCAGUCUCGAACUUUGGUCGGGUUGGACAGGAAGUUAUCAAAGGUGAAGCGCGAUCUCGUUGACGAUCUCUUCCCGGUAGUUGGUCAGGAAGGGGCCCAUGUAGGACAGGAAGGCGGCAGCCAGGAGACAGUCACCUACCAGCGCGCCUUCUCGCCGGCCAGCCCCGACACCAGCAGGCCUGCGCGCUCCAGCUUCACCUCCAUGUCCUCGGACCUGGCGCGCAGCUCCUCCUUCUGGGCCAGCUUCUCGUCGUACUGCUGCUUCAGCGCCUCCAGCUUCUCGGCCACCUGGGAGGGACCAGAGCGCCCAGGGCUCCUGCAUUGGCUGUCCCUUCUGCCACAGGUCCUGGAUCGCGAGGGCCAAAUGGAUAACCCGUGCUCGAGCUGGCUCGCGGACGCCAACUGGGACAACAUCACAGAGCUGGACAAACUGACCAACUUCCACGGGCUCAUGAACUCCUUCGAGCAGUACCCUCGCGACUGGCACCAGUGGUACACCAGCGCCACCCCGGAGAAGGCCAUGCUGCCAGGUGAGUGGGAAAACGCCUGCAAUGAGAUGCAGCGAAUGCUGAUUGUCCGCUCCCUGCGCCAGGACCGGGUGGCCUUCUGUGUCACCUCGUUCAUCGUGUCCAACCUAGGCUCCCGCUUCAUCGAGCCACCCGUGCUCAACAUGAAGCUGGUGGUGGAGGACUCGACCCCGCGCACCCCGCUGGUGUUCAUCCUGUCUCCCGGUGUGGACCCCACCGGCGCGCUGCUCCAGCUGGCGGAGCACACGGGCAUGGCCCAGCGCUUCCAUGCCCUGUCCCUGGGCCAAGGCCAGGCCCCCAUUGCCGCCCGGCUCCUGCGAGAGGGGAUCAUUCAGGGACACUGGGUGUUCCUAGCUAACUGCCACCUGUCACUGUCUUGGAUGCCUCAUCUGGACAAACUGGUGGAGCAGCUGCAGGUGGAGGACCCUCACCCUGACUUCCGCCUCUGGCUCAGCUCCAGCCCCAACCCAGAGUUCCCCAUCUCCAUCCUGCAGGCCAGCAUCAAGAUGACCACAGAGCCGCCAAAGGGCCUAAAGGCCAACAUGACACGCCUUUACCAGCUGAUGACGGAAUCACAGUUUUCUCGCUGCUCCAAACCGGCCAAGUAUAAGAAGCUGCUCUUUGCCCUCUGCUUCUUCCAUUCCGUGUUGCUGGAGCGCAAGAAGUUCCUGCAGCUCGGCUGGAAUAUCGUGUACGGCUUCAACGACUCGGACUUUGAGGUGUCUGAGAACUUGCUGGGUCUCUACCUGGAGGAGUACGAGGAGACCCCCUGGGAUGCUCUCAAGUACCUCAUCGCUGGAGUCAACUACGGGGGGCACGUCACUGAUGACUGGGACCGGCGGCUGCUCACCACCUACAUCAACGAGUAUUUUUGUGACCAGACUCUGUCAACCCCCUUCUACCGGUUGUCAGCACUGGAGACUUAUUUCAUCCCCAAAGAUGGGGGUCUGGCGUCUUACAAGGAGUACAUCAGCAUGUUGCCUGGCAUGGACCCCCCCGAGGCCUUCGGGCAGCACCCCAACGCGGACGUGGCCUCCCAGAUCACUGAGGCACGGACUCUCUUUGAGACUCUGCUGUCCCUGCAGCCCCAGAUCACACCCAUCAGCGCCGGGGGCCAGAGCCGGGAAGAGAAGGUCCUCGAGCUGGCCGCAGACGUGAAACAGAAAAUCCCCGAAAUGAUCGACUACGAGGGGACCCGCAAACUGCUCGCCAUGGACCCCUCCCCCCUCAACGUGGUCCUUCUGCAGGAGAUCCAGCAGUACAACAGGCUUAUGGAGACCGUCCUGUUGUCUCUGACAGAUCUAGAAAAAGGCAUCCAGGGCCUCAUCGUCAUGUCUACGAGCCUGGAAGAGAUUUUCAAUUGCAUCUUCGACGCCCACGUGCCUCCACUCUGGGGAAAGGCAUAUCCCUCGCAAAAGCCACUGGCCUCCUGGACGCGGGACCUGGCCACCCGUGUGGAGCAGUUUGAGCUGUGGGCCAGCCGGGCCCGGCCUCCUGUGAUCUUCUGGCUGUCCGGCUUCACCUUCCCCACCGGCUUCCUGACGGCCGUGCUGCAGUCCUCCGCUCGCCAGAAUAACAUUUCGGUGGACAGCCUCUCCUGGGAGUUUAUUGUUUCCACCGUGGACGACAGCAACCUCGUGUAUCCACCCAAGGAAGGCGUGUGGGUCCGCGGCCUGUACCUGGAGGGCGCAGGCUGGGACCGGAAGAAUUCCUGCCUGGUGGAGGCCGACCCCAUGCAGCUCGUCUGCCUCAUGCCCACCAUCCACUUCAGGCCCGCAGAGAGUCGAAAGAAGCCGGCGAAGGGCAUGUACUCGUGUCCCUGCUAUUACUGCCCCAUCCGGGCGGGCAGUUCAGACCGAGCCUCCUUCAUCAUUGGCAUCGACCUCCGGUCUGGGACCAUGACAUCCGAUCACUGGAUCAAAAGGGGCACCGCUCUACUCAUGAGCCUGGACAGCUGAGGAGGCCUCCCCUCCCUCCCCGCUUGAGCGAGGGUCGGGGACUCGAGAGGCCAAGACUGAUAAUGCCCUUCGGACCAGGGCUGGACUUAAGUCUGGCCUUGGCCGUGGCCGAAAGCGCCGCGUGAUGGGGCCCUGGAGAUAGUAGCCGCUAAUAAAGGUGGAAGGCCUGUAUUGGAGGUCAGGGCAGUGAAA